AUGGCACCCAAGCAGACCAUCUACCGCUCGCAAUGGCCCGAGCCCCCUCUCGUCGAGAUGGGGCUCUACGAGUACCUGCUCCCCGCCAAGCCCUCGGGCUCGCCGCUGCCGCACUACGAUCCCGCGCUGCCGGCGUUCAUCGACGGUCUCGACGGCCGUGUCAUCACACGCGCCGGCCUGGCCGACGGGUCCCUGCGUCUCGCCACUGGUCUUCAGAAGCUUGGCCUGAAGAAGGGCGACACCGUCUGUAUCUGGGGCCUCAACAGCCUCGAGUGGGUUCGCGCCGCGUACGGAGCCAUGGCCGCUGGCCUGACCGUGUCGCCAGCCAACGCCGCCUACGCUCCCAGCGAGCUGGCCCAUCAGAUCAACAACUCUGGCGCGUCGCUCCUCUUUGUGCAGCCCGAGCUUGUUCCAGUGUUCGAGCAGGCACGUCCUCUUAUUAAGCGCGCGUUCCCAGACUCGCGCGUCGUGCUGCUUGCCAAGGAACGUCCCGUGUCGCCCAUCCGCUACCGUAUCAUCCACGACCUCAUCCACCCUACACGUGCGACCCCGGCCUCGUUCAACGGCAGCCACUCGCACGACACGGCAUGGCUGUGCUACUCGUCCGGCACGACCGGUCUGCCCAAGGGUGUCAUGACGACCCACCACAACCUCGUCAACCAGCUCCAGGCUGUCAAUGUCGCUUUCGACAUGAUCGAGCACGGCAGGGACCGCGUCCUCGGCAUUCUGCCCUUUUCCCACAUCUUCGGCCUCACCAUUCUCCUCCUGCUGCCUCUCACCAUUGCCGUGCCGGUGGUUGUGCUGCCGCGAUUUGAGGAGACUGCCUUCCUGUCCACCGUGGAGAAGUACAAGAUCACCUUCUCGUGCAUCGUCCCACCCAUCAUCAUCGUCCUCCUCCACUCGAAGAACGUGGACAAGUACGACCUCUCGUCGCUCAACACCCUCAUGUCGGGCGCCGCGCCACUGUCGGAGGAGGUCAUCACCAAGUUCAACAAGCGUCUGCCGCAUAUCAACCUCUCGCAGGGCUACGGCUUGACCGAGACGUCGCCCGUGUCGCACCUGUCCGGCGGCCAGCGCAAGGGCUGGGUCGGCAAGCUUAUCCCCGGCUACGACGCGCGUCUCGUCAAGGAGGACGGCGAGGACGCCGAGCCAGGAGAGCGCGGUGAGCUGUGGGUCCGCGGCCCCAGUGUCAUGAAGGGCUACCACGACAACGUCGAGGCCACGGACAAGACGUUUGCCCAGGACCCGAAGGGACGCUGGUUCAUGACUGGCGACGUCCUCGUCUGCGACCCUGCCGACGGCUGGUGGGCUGUCGUCGACCGCGUCAAGGAGCUCAUCAAGUACAAGGGCUUCCAGGUGCCGCCUGCCGAGCUCGAGGCCCUCCUCCUCACGCACCCGCAGGUGCAGGAUGUCGGCGUGAUUGGCGUGUACGACAAGGACCAGGCGACCGAGCUGCCGCGCGCGUACGUCGUGGCUGCCCCCGGCGUGUUUUCUGCCGCAGACGAAAAGGCCGCCUUUGAAAAGGAGGUCGCGGCAUGGGUCGCCGAGCGUGUGGCUCCCCACAAGCGCCUGCGCGGCGGCGUCGAUGCCAUCGACAUCAUUCCCAAGUCGCCCAGCGGCAAGAUCCUGCGCAAGGACCUGAGGGCCAAGGCCCAGGCGGAGCGCGACGCCGCUGCCGAUGUCAAGGCCAAGCUUUAG